AUGAGGCUAUAUGGUCAGAGAGGGCACUCAGCAUGCCGAUUGCCAGGAGAACCUGGCUUUUACAAAAACGACGGCCUCAACGUCAUCACUGGCGUGAAGGCCCAAUCCAUGUGCAAUGUUGCCAACAAGGAGCCCCCGCUACGGGGCGACGCCCGGGAGUUUCCAAAGGAGCUUCGGGGAGCGCCCCAGAGCAACUCACAGAGUUCGUUUCCCGUUUCACGCGCCCAGGCAGUUCGAAAGCAGUUUGAGGAAAGCUCAUAUGCAGUGCUCACAGAGUUUCUUCGAGAAGACGUUGCUCAAAGACUAGCACGGGAACUCGAAGAACUUGACAGAGCUGAUGGAUUCCAACCAGAUGCAGAGGAGCUUCCAGUGCCUUGCUAUACCAGCGGUGUCCAAGAUGGUUGGGAAUUGGUGGGUCCUCCUCACCUUCGGCGAUUCUUGCGCUUCUGCAGCGGCUUCCAAGCGGAGUCGCCUCAUGGCAGGCUUGGCCGCGGCUUGUCGGAUGUAGCUGGAGAGCUGUUUGCCAGUGAGACUUUCCUUCGCUGGUUGAAAGCCUGUACAGGCCUGGAUCCAAAGAAUGAUGGCAGGCCGCAGGUUCGACGCUUUCGCCCCGGCUUGGACUACACAGUGGCAGCCAGAGGUGCUCAAGAUACUGAUGAGGCAGAUCUGGAUGCUAUCCUGUGCUUUGCGAUGGGAAGUGAGGGCGAGGCAAGCACUGCUGCAAUGGAAGCAUGGGCCAGUGAAGAGGUUGGUGGCUUUGAAUGCUAUCUAGCAGCAGAUGAGGAAGAUGAGACCGUCGAAGCCCAGGCCAGAUACAACUUUUGUUUUCCGUACGUUCACUCGCGUGCGGCCAUGUCCUUGCUACCCUCCGAAGAUGAGGUGCGAGAUUUGGGCAACAUAGCCGAGGCUGCACGGCUACUUCGUCUCCCUCCGACGUUAUGGGAGGCCUUUUGUGAACAGGUGGGAAACCCAGGCACGGAUUUGAGAGUUCUAGCAGCUUUACCUGCACAUGUUGUAGUACAAGGGAUUGGACAAGCUCAAUUAGCUGGCAACGGCUUGUCAGCGGUGGAGGCCGCACAUGUGGGGCUGAUGUGGCGAGUGGCAAGGUUCAAGAUGUAUCUCCUGAAGGGAGGACCCAUUGAGAACUUUGUGGACGUGGACCCAUGGGAGCCUAAUAGCAAUGGUCCUGCUCAAGGUCAAGUACCAGCACCAGCAGGGAAAAGUAAUGGGCUGAAGGAGAAGGUUUUGAAGAUGUCGAACCUUUUGGAUCAGACGGAUGACUCAGAACUGAUGCCCCCGGACAUGCUGACGGUUAGCGCCUGGAACCAAAGGUACUUGCAGUUGAUGGGGGACAUGCCCAACGAAGAAGAAGAACCAACUGAUGCGCAGAUGGCAGCAUUGGACAAGAGGGUGAACCAGAUGGGUCAUGUCUUUCGUGUGGCAGCUCUGAGCUUGGACAUCUGCUCUCUGGCGGCGCUCCUGGGCUAUGAGAAGCUGAUAGAAAGGCUGACAGUGCAGUGGCCCAGGAACUGGGAUUUGAUUGCCCAUGCAGAUGACAAGGCAAGAGCGGAGAGAUUGGAGAGGAUCAGAAGAAAUUUGGUUAUGGAUUUGAAGGAGGGAAGACAGAUUCCAUCCGACUUCAAAGAGGAGAAGCCUUGGUCAGUGUGCUUUAGACUUCUUGCCCAAGAUGAAGGUUAUUGGAGCGAACAGGUUAGGCAUCCUGCCACGGCCUGGCUAGCCUCAGGGGGACGUGGAAUUCCGAUGGCAUCAGCUGAGGCAUUGGCUGCAGCUCACUUUCCUGGACUCGUUGAAGGGCAUGACAUUGAAGCCACAGGGGGCGGCGAAAGAGAUGAUCGCAGAAGGCAAGCGAACAGGGACAAGAGGGUUGCAAAGAGAAAGAGACAGCAAGCAGAGCGAGAAGAGUUACAACGUUUGAGGAGUGCCCCCAGCUCAAGCAAAGGAGGUGGGGGGACAUCGAAAGGAAAAGGCAAAGGCUCUGGACGUGACCAAGCUGGAGAUGAAAUUUGCUUUUCCUGGGCAAAGGACAGUGGGCCGUGCAUGAGCGAACCGUCAACUGGCCGGGCGUCCUCGGCGAGUGCUGCGCACGGGGCGGAUGCGGAAGUACCUGAAAGGGUGCAAAAGUGUCUGGAUGAAGCCCGGGACUUUUCGCAGUACAAGUUGCUGAGACGUUUUCGGUUUGUGCACUUGUUUUCAGGGCCAAGAGACGUUUUGGCAGAGGAGCUCAAGGCGCAGUGCGAGGCAGAGGGCUUGGGCAUAGAUGUGGAAUCCUAUGACAAGUUGAUAGAUAGUAGCCACGAUCUGGUCAAAUCAGAGCCUUUUGAAACCAUCUUGAACAAGUCGAAGAACCAGGACUAUGACGGAGGUCAUGCAGGUUUCCCUUGCAGUAGCUUUUCGAGGGCAAGGCUCAAUUCAAGUGGAGAAGGGCCUGGACCAGUCAGAUCAGGCUUGGAAAUUUAUGGAUUGGCGUCGAACGAUAGGCGUCAACAGGCCGAAGCAGAUCGAGGCACGGUCUUGGCAGUGAGAUCAACCAUGGUGGUGGCGGAGAUAGUGACGUCACAGAGAAAGAGGGCAGUUCCCACGGUGGGGACACUGGAGAACCCACCGGGCUCGGACACCAAGGAGGAGGGCCCUGCAUGGGAGCUUCCUGAACUCAAAGAGUUUGAGGAGAAGCUCAAUGCGACGACGGCGCUGUUCAACACGUGCGCAUACCAGGCCAAGGAGAAGUACAAGUGGUUCAAGCCUGGUAGGAUGACUGGCUGCCUGGCAGAGUUGAGCACUUUGACAAGGAAAUGCACUUGCCCAAGCUGGGUGAAACAUCAAGCGCUCGUUGGAAAGCACUUGACGGCUAAGGCAGCAGAAUACCCUCAGGAGCUGGCAAAAGCCUAUGCGAAGCUGGUUGUCAAGGCUUUUAAAGUGACGAUGCAGAUGGAAUGGUGGAGGCACCAACUUAGAAUGAAGAGUGAAGAGGUUUCAGCGGCGCAGAAGAACUGGAUCGCGAGCAAGAUGAAGAAGCAGCUACCGCCUGUGACGAUGGUAGAUUUGUCGUCGUCAAAAAGGGCAUGGUUGGCAGAUGAUGUGGAGAACGACAAGGGUCCAACAGAAGGGCCAUCGAAGAAGCGUAGAAAAGAACAAGAAAACCAGCAUUUUGUUGGAGGUAUGAGAAACCCUGCCAAGGCAGUAUCUAGGUUGACCAAACUUGCCGAGGCUGGACGUGAUGUUCGAAGGCUUUGGACGCGUUUUGUCAAGGACAACCCGAAGGUCAUCGAAACAGCAGAAAGCUAUGGCAGUGAGAACUGCGAGCUGGACCCAGAGGCGUUGGAGUGUUGGAGAAAAGAGAUUGAGAGCUUCCUCAAAGUGAAGGAGUUUGAGGACAUCAUCUUGAAGGAACCAGGGAGGUUUGUCUCCCCACUCAACUCGAAGCUCUGGAAAGGAUGGCGCAAAUUCUCAGGAGAUCCAGAGCGGGAUCUGGUUCAGUGGAUCCGAGAAGGGGCACCUCUGGGCAUGGCUGAAGACAUCCCGUAUUGCGGAAUUUUUCCCAUGACAGAUGAAGAACUUCCUGAAGUAGAAGGCAUGCCGGACAUUGAAGCACAGCUUGGGGCAGAGAACUACAAGAGCUUCAAAGAAGAGCCGGAGCACGCCAUGCAUGAGAUCGAAAGAUACCUGAAGAAAGGCUUCUGCAUGGAGGUGGAUGAGAUGGAUUUGAGACGACAGUUCCCCACUGGAACUAUCUCAAAGUUGGCCUUGAUCCUCAAGGAGAAGGAAGAUGGGUCCAUCAAGAGGCGCAUCAUCAUUGACCUCCUACGAAGCGGGGGCAACAGCAGGUGCAAAAUUAGAGAACGCAUAGUUCUCCCUCGAGUGCAAGACGUGAUGGACAGCCUGAAGUACCUGAGAGAGCAAAGGUUCAGUGUCAUGCUACGAGCUCAGAGGGAAGAGUGGCCAGACGCGGACCAGUGCCAGGACAUUGAGCUGGUGUCAGCCGACUUGGCAGACGCAUACUGCCAUCUAGCGGUGGCUGAAAGAGAGUUGGGGAACUGCGUGACCCCAAGCAUGCACCCUGGCAAGUACCUGGUGUUCACCGCCAUGCUCUUCGGGUUUCGAGGAGCGCCACUCAUCAUGGGUAGGUUUGCAUCCAUGCUGGCAAGAAUGUUGCAAGCCCUCAUCCCGCCGGACGAGAUGCAGUCUCAGCUCUACAUGGACGACCCGCUGUGGAUGAUGCAAGGGCCGAAAUGGAGGCGUCAGGAGAACUUGGCGCUCAUCUUGUAUAUGUGCGGGGCGUUGGGGGUGAAGCUGCAGUUCAAGAAAGGCUUCAGAGGAUUGGAUGCGGUGUGGAUCGGCACGAGGAUGGAACUUCGACUUGCUGAAGAAGUGCUGGUCUUGUCCAUCCCGCCCAAGAUGAUGAACGAGGUGACAAAGACGCUCACAGGGUGGAACAACAAGGGAAUGGUGCCAGUACGUGAGGUGCGGGCAGUGACGGGCAAGCUCAGUUGGAUUUGUGGAAUCAUCACCAGAGCGCGGUGGUGUGUCAACAUCCUCUAUGCGGUCAUCACCCAGACGCUGAAGGACGUCAGCUUGGAGGAGGAGAGAGCCAAAAGGAGGGAUGACACAAGACCCAAACCACAUAUGGUUGCUGUGCAUCGCAUGGAGCUGCCUCGUCAGUGGUUUCUGGCGAUGUUUGAAAAGCCAGACAAAUUUGCGGUGAGGCGAGAACCACUUUACGCAGUACAUCCCACGUUUGCAUUGAUCACGGACGCUUCACCACAAGGGGUUGGAGCGAUACUGGCGGAUAUCGACAAGGGCAGCAAGCAGUUGGUGCCACUGGAGGCGCUGGAGAUACCAGUCACGGAGGACAUUGCGAAGUGGAUGGGAAUCGAAUGGAAGGCGCCAUCUGGUCAAGGACCUCUUGAAGCUUGGGCGGUGCUGAUGGCUUUGAAGAAAUGGAAGCACCGUUUGCGGGGGUGCUCAAUCUUGAUUCGAUCAGACAGCGUCGUGGCGCUGGCAACCAUCAGAAAGACGGCGGCACCAUCACCGGUCCUCAAUUGGAUAGGGGCUGAGCUGGCUCUUAGAGCCGAAGAACUUCAGCUGGGCCGCUUCAGUGCGCAACACAUCCCGGGCAGCUGGAACCAAGAGGCAGACUGGCUCAGCAGGCCGCAUGAGAGAGGGGAGCUGCCGGAGCGUCUAAAAGGUGUUCCGUUGCGGCAGUUCCCAAAAAGUAGCCUGAUGACAUCAGCUUUGGCCCCGCCAGGAGCGUCGGAGGCGCUGAGGUGGGGCCAGACAUCAAAAGUGGUGUCCACAGCGUUUGAUGAGCUGUGA